AUGCCCAUAAUAGACUGGAUCUCUCGUCUGUUCCCACGAUACUCACGCGAAAAGCGGCUUUCCAACCUGGAACUGCUACCUCGCGAACUAUUACUCCACAUCGGUAACCUCCUGACAACCGCUGACAUUAUCUGCCUCAGCCUAUGCAGCCGAACACUUAAUAUUUUCGCAACAAGCUUUUACGACUUCAAGCUACCCCAAGACAAGUCCUUAACACUUUUAGUCCUCACAAGACUGACCCGAGACCUCCCAAAAAUGUUCUGCUGCCACUACUGCGCCAAGUUGCAUCGUAUCACUGACGUCCUCCAUCCCGCACGCUCCAUGGGUUUCCGUCAUCGGUGCCCGGACCUGGGAGUUUGGCACAGAAAAUGUCCACAACCGUCGAUUAGAUGGCUGUUAUCUGUCCACUGUAUGACCACCCUUUAUGACUUCCGUCACUGCCACCUGGUGGCUGUCCUACAAAAUUACCAUUCCGGCGGCCGAUGCGGGAUCAACGCGGAGUCCUUGGCUUUCACCGAGGUGGUUGAUUACCCUCAACAACCAGCAAGAACGACUUUAUUAUCAGUGGAAGGACGCGUCUGUACACCGGCUGGAGCUCGCCAAAGACCAUCGCUAGUCCUGCAAAUACAACAGUGGGUUCUCAUCCAUGAUCUACAGGUCUUCUCCGACAGGGGUCUUGACGUUGCUCUUUCAGUACUCCACAACUGGUUUAUUUGCAACUGGUUGAGAGUGGGCCACGGGAGUAUUCAGGAUAAGAUUCGACCUGCAAAUCGGCAACGAAACCUUUGCUGGAAGGAGGCACCACUCACAGAGAUUAUGCGAUGCUCGCAUUGUGGUGUGGAGUUUCAGAUCGUCCUCCGAGCCUGUGGGGAGGAUGGGACAGCAGUGACAAUUACUAAAUGGUUAGACCUUGGAGCCGGGACAGAUAUUGAAGAUCCGAAAUGGAAAAAGGCUACUUUUACUAACACGAUAGAAUCUAUAUACGAUCGUGUCGAAGCUACGGCGAGCACAGGGGAGGUCCGUCGACUAUUCCGUGAAAGCUCUGAUCAAGAGAGUGACCCUACGCCGCGAAACAGAUCCCCAAGUUGGGAAAGAACUUCUACUUCUGUACGUGUCCAAGCUUUCAACAUCAUGGGUUCUGCAGAUAUCAUCUCUAUAUUGGGAACGCUGGGUACUUGGGUUGGGGCGUUUCGUCCUGACCUAGAAAUCCUAGUGCGUUACAUUGUUCGGCAAUUCACCCCCACUUCACACUCGUCCCAAGAGCGCAUCGUCGAGGCCCUGGAUCUUUGCCGGGAGUUGUUGCUCCUGCAACAGCAGGAGAUCAGUGGCUUGAACGCACACCUUGACGAUGUGUGUCGGUUGUUGGAGGCGAUGCGUACCGACCUCAGCGAGCUGAAGGCCAGACAGUUUCCCACCAGGACGUAA